AUGCUGAAUUUUUAUCCUAUAUUGGCGACUUGGCGGAAAUUAUCAGAUUGUAAAGAAAAAUGUGAAAGAAAAUUGAUUAGUACAUUGCUAUUUGCAACAUUGCAGUACUUUGAGAUCCCCACCGGUAAAAGUGAUGAAUUUUUAGGAAGUAUUGGCUGUUAUCAUCUUGUCACUUGUCAGAAAUGGUUAGAAACUUUUGUUAACGGCUCGUUAGAAGAUUUUGCGAUGGAAAAUCGGGGUGGUAAACAUGUCAGCACUUUUUACGAAGGUUUUCCGGAAUUAGAAAUGGCUGCAAAAAUCUUUGCCACUCAAAAAUGUCAACAGAAACCAGCUGAGUUGAAAUUAUCAGAUCUUGCACAAUUUAUUGAUUCAAAAUUCUAUGAGUUAACUGGACAAACCAAAGAUCCGACUGCCGGCGUGAUAAGAUCCGAAAGUAUGGGAACGAAAUGUAAAAUCGGUCACCUUGAGUAUACAGAUGAAAAUGGUGAUUUGCAGCUGAUUCCCUGUCAUUUUGAAAAUGAUCCAAAUGUGGGAAAAACCAAAGGUUUAUUAGAACUGGCAAAAGAUCUAAAUGUCAAUGUUCCAGCUGGAUGUUUAUUGCCACAACUGCGAGAUUUGUUGAGCCAACAUCCGGCUUUUAAAACAGUAAUAAACAAAAAAUUUUAGAUCUCAAUUGAAGCUCAAAAUUUCUUUUUUUCUUCAUAUUCAUAGAGCACAAAACUUAAGCAACUUGGCAUCAAGUAUAAAAUGAAAGUUAUCUACUGUCCAAAAUUUCGUUGCGAGCUUAAUCCGAUAGAAUCAGUUUGGUGUUCAAUGAAGGCGUUUGUUCGUAAAAGAACAGAUUAAACUUUUCUAAUGCUGCUGUGUUUAAUUGAUCAAUCACGUGAAUAUUUCGAGAACAGUGAAAUCGAUCGGAAAUUAGUAAGAAGAUUCUGGAAGGCACUAGAAGCCUAUGCAAAUGGACAAAGUUAUGCUGAAGUGCUUCAGCUUUUUUAUAGUAACCUUUGCGUUGGUACAGUAAAGUCUCAUAGGCGUAUACCACAGUCAGUUUCAUGGGCUUAAAACAGCAUUUUUGUCUUUUCGUUGUUUUGAACAGUUUUUUAGUCGUGUAUGUUAAUUACGUGUCACAGUAUAUUGUAAGCAAGAAAAAUGAAGAAGCAGACUGGAAAAUACUGAAACUAACUUUUUUACUUUGGAAGUCAAACCUACACGCGUAACAGGUUUUAAACUCUGUGCCUUUGGCCGAAGGUUUUCCAGAGACCCUCUGGAAAUCCUCUGGAGAUCCUCACAUUAGUCCUGUUGAAUUCUACGUUGUUUGUUACGUAUAAGUCGAU